CGUCACUUCCGCUUAUAUUCGCCUGCAAAACAUAGCAAGCGCUGAAUUACAUCAUUUCGUGUAAAAGCGCAAUUCCAUCCUAUAAUCGUGUGUUUGAUAUCCAUCAAUAGUGCGGAGGUGCCCUGUCUGAAACGCCUCAGUCAUGAAGGGCCCCAGUGCAGCAACUGAGGAGAUUGAAGAGGAUUCUACAUCUACAGACCCAAGCAAUGAAGAAGAACUUCCACCUUACCUGCGUGAAGAACCACCUGAGGACUUGGAAAAGGAUCACCCUAAAAAUCAAGCAGGAGUUGUCUGGAGAGUUACGGGCGGACUGUUUAACCUCACCAAGGGAGCGGUGGGCGCCACACUCGGGGGAGUGGCCUGGGUGGGCUGCAAGAGCUUUGAGCUUACCAAGACGGCCGUGACGAGCGUUCCCGCAGCUGGAGUGGGAUUGGUUAAAGGUGGUGUCUCCGUGGUAACGGGAGGGGUCGGGGCAGUGGGCUCUGCAGUGGCCGGUAAAGUUACACCAAAGAAAAAAGACAAGUCGGAUUAGAUUGUCUGCUCUCUCCCACCCUCAGUCUGAUUCAGUGUGGUGAUGGAUGUCUGAGUGGUCUGUUCUCACGUUCUAGGGGUUUGGAAAGCGAGUGGCUGAUUCAUUUAGCCCUUUGGGAAAAGUGCUGUUUUACAUGUAUCUUUGAACAAUUGUUCCUUAGUAAUUGCAUUGCAGAAUAUCAGUACUAACAUAAUUUGACCAACAUUAGAAAGUUGCUGAUAUGUGGGAUCUUUUGUUUGUUUGUUUUUAAUUUAAUUGUUUGUCUGAAUUAUCGGUACAGAGAAAUGUUUAGGUUUAAGGUUGAAGACCUGAAACUUAAAUAGUUUUUUGGUUAAAAUGUUACCAUUCAGUACUUGUGUACGUUUCAAACACUCCACACAAACACAAUUGCUUAUUUGUGUAUUCAAGGCAAGCACAUGUCACAUUUCCUAGAAUUGUGAGCAAGAAUUAUUAUUUAAUUGAAUAUAAAUGUAACACUAAAUUACCCACUUCAUUUAAUAAUGUGGGAUUUAGACUAUGUACUUUUCUAACGUUCUUUUGUUUGACAUUGGCCAUGUCAAACAAGCUUUAUAUAUAUAAGCAACCAUGCAGCUUCUACAGAUUUCAUUUGGCUGAUUUAUUUUAUUUUUAAAAAGCACACAUUUUCAUUUAGAUCAUGGUCAUUUCUCAACGGCAACGAUUCGAGCUGUUUGCUUGCUAUAGUUUUUUACCUUGAAAAAAUACAUCAUUAAUGAUGAGUCUCCUGUGCGAAUGGUCAAUUUUAUAUGACAAGACAUUGAAAUUGAAUCUGUUUCCAGGAAACAAGCAAAUAAAUUAUUACAAUGUGAAAAGGAUGCUUCAUACAGGGGAACAAACGUGGCUUAAAAAACUCCACAUUUUCUUCAGUCCAUCUAAUUUUUUUUUAAAAGACCACAUUCUCAGUUUGUGAAGCAUCACUUAUAGCUCAUUUGAGAUGUUGUUUUAUUGGCCUUUCAUGUGCCUGAAUGUCUUGGGAGUUUUAAAAGCUUACCGUGGAGUGUUUCAGAACAGUACGAAAUAACCACAGAUGUAUUUUCCGCUUUACAUUUACUGCCGUUUACAUAAUAGAGCUAUCACAGUCGGAAAUCGUGCAACUUGAGUUUUUGUUCCUGUGUUUCUGUGUUUUCAUAGCGUUUGUCUCCUUUGUAUUUAUGCAAAUAUCUCAUAUGGCGUAUUAUUAUAGUGUUGCAAUGCAUGCAUGAAGUUGGAGCUUUCACUGUACAACAUGCUGCAUUACUUAAAACAUGCUGUUAAUUGUGACUGUAUUUUUCAUUUUUAUAUUUAGUUUUUUUCCUGUCCUGUUUUUGCUUUCGUACUUUCUUGUAGGUACCCUUGUCUUGAAGAUGCUGUUAUAUACUGGACUUUUAAGACCAAGUAGAUUUUGUCUAUAAUAGAACUAUUUUUGCUAAAUUGAUGAUGUAUUCAACAAAUAAAGCAUUCUGUAUUUUAGAACAGUUUGGGCG